GAAGCAGUGGUCAGUUCAUUUAGAACCGCCAAAUUGAACGAACGUGAUUGCACAAACGAAGUUCUGAGUUCGACCACAACAUUUAACCGUUAAAUGUUGCUUGCGGCGAAUGUGUGUUUGAAUAAAGCAGUAAAUACAAAAACAACUCACUAAGUGCAUUUAAUAAAUAAAUAAAAAAUAAUUAUUAGUAGAAAUACUGUGUGCCCGUGAAAACAUUAGAGUAGAUUAAAAUCUACUGUUGAGUUGAGAAAUAUUACACUUUACUACCCUUAUUCCCUGUCAUUGCAUUUCCGUUGGUAAAUGAAUUUUAAAAUGCGUACGUGUGGCAUGAGUUUGAUCAAGUACAUACUGUUCGCCUUCAAUAUCAUAUUUGCGAUAUCGGGGCUUGGUAUACUAAUAGCCGGCGCUGUUGUCCUUGCCGAUGUCAACCAAUUUAGUCACUUUGUUGAGGGGCGAGUGACGGCGCCACCCAUUGUACUAAUUGUAACGGGAUUAAUCAUAUUUCUCAUUGCAUCGUUGGGUUGUUUUGGUGCCAUCAAGGAGUCACCAACACUACUGCUGACCUACGCCGUACUGCUUGCCGUCAUCUUCAUUGUCGAAUUGGCCGUAGGCAUUGCCGCGGCGGUCUUCAAAUCGGAUCUGGAAAUGAUGCUGAAGAACUCACUACAGGAAACUAUAAAACGUUCAAAUCACGAGGAUAUGAUGGCUUGGGACAAUGUGCAGCGCAAGUUGAUGUGUUGUGGUGUCGACAAUCCAGCCGAUUGGCGUACACUUAGCGCCAAUAAAACUUUGCCGGCCAGCUGCUGUCGCGAGAAAUACAUUGAUGAGGCCGUUGGACAUUGCACUGAAUCGUUGGCGUUGGGUGUGGAUAAGUACUUUCAGGAGGGCUGCGUGGGCAAACUUAGGGAACGAAUCGAUAAGAAUGCCGUCAUUUUAAUUGGUGUGGGUAUCGGUAUUGCCUUCAUACAAAUAUUGGGCAUCAUACUGGCAUGCUACCUGGCUUCCACAAUACGUCACGAACGCAUGAAAUAAAUAUGAGGAAAACGAGCUACUAAUUCCAUCAUUGAUGAAAGUAACAAAAUUUCGAAAAUCACCAACAAAGCAACUAAUCAUAAGCAAUAAUCAUCUUGAAAGUAAUAUUGAAGAGCAAACCAUCAAUUCCAAAUACAUAUAUACACACAUACAUAUGUAUGUACAAACAUCGGAACGAUGAUAUCAAAUAUUACUUAAUAUAAAAAGAAUAUUCUAAAGAAGUGCUUAUAAAUGUAUUGUUGCUUUUUAUAUGUUAAAUAAAUAAAUUUCUUAAA